AGGGAUCCUUAAAAUAAUCUGUGCAUGAAAACAAUUUUUGUUUACAGUUUUUCAAGUUUCAAAUUGAUAUUUAAUGCUAGUUAUUCUAAGUCCAAACAAACAGAAUUAGGAUAUUUUUGUUGUUGAUCUCUUUGUUAUCGUUUGAAAGUUGUUUACAAGUAGGUUUUGUUUACAUGAAGGUGAUUGAAACUUAGUUUAGAUUGGCAAGAUGAAUAAAUCGGCAGAUUAUUCGCAAGAUAAACAAUUAUUUAAGUUAAAUGUGUGUCGCUUAUGUUCUUUAAUUAGAGAUAAGUUAUUACCGAUUUUCGAUAAUUCUGGAAGUAAAGUUGAUUUAAAGAUCAAACAGUGUUUCCCUGAACUGGAGAUAAAAAAAGGAGAUUUUAAACCUCAACACAUAUGCCUUGAUUGUAUUACAAAGCUUAAUAUGUUUAAUGAGUUUCUUCAAGUAUGUGUGGGAUCUCAGUACAAAUUUAAUUCCUAUCUAAAGGAGUUUGAAGAUGAGGAAAAUCUUUUAAAGUCAUCUUUCCUGAAUAACACUAAUGCAUCUUUGAUGGACGAAGCUUCAAAAAUACAGAAAAAAAGUGCAUUACAAAACAAUGAAGGUGUAAUUGUAUUAAGCAAAUUAGAUCCAGUUCUAUGCGAUGCAUCUGUUAGAGAUUUUGUAGUCAAGGUAGAAUUAAAAUACAAAGAAAAUAAAACUGGUUCAGAAAUGAAAAAUGAUGAUGUGGACAGUAUGCAGAAGAAAUCAGCUCUACACUUUGAUAGUCAAGACAAGUCAUGUAGUAGCUCCUCGUCUUAUUCCAUUAGCUCUCAGUUGAAAGAUAAUCAACAGAAUAAAGGAACUUCAUCCAAUAAGUAUUACAAGGAUAAGAAAAUUUUUCAGUGUACUGUUUGUGGGCAUAGUUUUUCCCGUCAAACUCGUUUGAAGUCUCAUAUGUCUCGUCAUACUUCGAUCAAGCCAUUUAAGUGUGAUAAAUGUGAUAAAGCUUAUGCACUGAGAUGGGACCUCAAUGCUCACAAGCGUAUUCAUUCUCUAACAUUUGUAUGUAAUACAUGUAAUAAGUCAUUUAGCUCAAAAUCAAAACUGGGGAGGCAUAAUAUUGUUCACACUGGAGAAAGACCAUAUCCUUGUCCACAAUGUGGUAAAUCCUUUGCUGAAAAAAGCAAUUUAACAAACCAUAUUCGAGGCCAUACUGGAGAUAAGCCGUUUUCGUGUACUAUUUGUGGUAAAUCCUUCUCUGUCAGGUCACACUUGAAAGAUCAUCUUAGCGUUCAUAACAAAACGCCAAGGUUUAGCUGUACAUUAUGCAGUAAAUCUUUUAAAUGGAAAACAAAUUAUAAUAGGCAUUUUAAAUCGCAUAAUACAGCAAAACAUCUUUCAUCUUAAAGUCAAAGUAAAGAUACGUUAGUAACAUUACAUUAAAUAAAGACUUACAGAUGUCAACAGUUAACGACUAUAUUUGAACACACUACAAAAUAUUUCACAAUAACUUACACAGACAUACCAACUCGCUGAUUCAAGGCAUGGCCACAACCAACAUGCCCAAUGGCACCCCUAGAAGGCUCAAGAGAAGCUGGAUGAGGGAUCUCCUCAAAUAACAAAACAUAUUAAAUCAAGACAGGAAGAGAGGCCACGGUGCAUGUAAAACAUCACUGAAUAUGCAUUUAUAGAAUCUUUCAGUAAUAGAAAUUCAUUUUACUGGGUUCAAACACCUUUUUUGAUUACGUCUUCUUUGAGGAAGUUUUUAUAAAUUUUAAUAUUGCAAAUGUUAUUGAAGGAUCUAUAUUGUAUUCAUUAAAAUCUUUUUUUUUUUAACAUUUGAUGGAGAGGGAUAAAAUAACUUAACUUAAUGUCAGUAAAGACCAAGGAAUUAACAUCAUGUGGACGACUUACCGUAAUGUUGGUAAGAGUCAUUAUUACUCAAUGGUAUCAUUUAAGUUGAUGAUAAACAAACUAAAGCUGCAAAUUAUAAUGAUUAGUCAUGACAAAAACAAAAAAGGUUUAAAAAUAAGGAGAAUGUUGUUCAGUGUGAAUAAAUAGUUGUUAAUUGUUAUUGUAUUACAGUAAUACACACAUUUUAUCUUAAUAGCCUUCUUUAUUUAACAAGGCAUUUAAUUUUCAAUCAAUAAUUUGUUUUUGUUAAUUUAUCUAUAAUUAAUAUUGUUUGUAUUAAUUUUGUCUGUUGGAAUUUUUCUAGUCAUGGUUAUUAGCUUUCAUGUUAGGUUUAUUAAAUUAUUUUGUAUUUAUUUGUGUAAUUGUGAUAGUAUUUAUUGUUAUAGAGAAAUUAAAGUUAAUUUUAAUGUUAAA